CCCCUUGUUUAUGUGUGGAAAAGCGACCGGAGGUAUGAGGAAUGCUUCGCGGCUAACGAUAGCAAGGUAAACGAAUAGGGAUAUAAUUCACUUUCGGUCUACGCUGGCACUCCGGGGAUCCACCAAAAGCUGCAGGAGGAAAUAAUUUCGUAUAUACCGUUGUUUUUUCCUGCUACAUUCCCACCGAGGCGAGCAGCCAGAGCGAGAGAGCCCCGCUAAUCCCGAGAAGUGGGAAGCGGCCUGCUUUUGUAGCCGGCUUCCCGGUCCAGACCAGGCGGCUAGUACUGUCACCAGAGCCCCGUGCUUCCGCUGGCUUGUUUUUCUAUACGCCGAGAGAAGCGUCGGAGCUUCGGAAUUGUUUUUCUUUAAAUAAUCGCAGCCUCUUUUCACCCGCUCCUAUUCACAUCGCCGUGCAGCUGUCGGCGUCUCACGCCAAAGGGGACCAUUUCAAGCCGGGGCGGCCUGUUUUGUUUUCGAGCCGCCAUGAAUCUCCGCGAACAAUAACACAGCCCUAACAACCCUGCUGGGGCUGCACUGCCGAGCGAAAUACGAGACACGGAUGCCUCGGUGUGGGAUAAUAAAUGCAUCGUGUGAUACCAGCUCUGGACCGACGUGAAAACCCGGGACGAGCAUGCAUGUGGACUAUGGAAUAUCGGGGGGAAAAGCAUUGCAGACCGGAGCACUUUGUCACGAAAGCCCCCGUUUGAAUUUCCGAGCUGCUGCUGCUAGCUAACCAGCUGCAGGCAACGUUAAAAGGCCACUGGUGGAGGAAAGGGCGCCACACGAUGCUUUGUUUAAUCAUAACUCACGGAUUGUAUGGAAACGAACCGAACCGACUUGGAUGAACCGACGUUUUUAUGCCCGGUUGGCCUCCUUGUGAAUGCAGUUAUAAUCGCUCCCAUACUUUUAGAGCCGGGAGACCUUAAGGAUGGAUUGGAUGUGACUUGGGAUGAGUAACCGCGAUUGCUCUGUGCACAGACUGUGUGUAUAUGUGUGGGAUUUACCGACGGGGAACUGAAACGGUUACAUCCAUCUAUGCUCUCUUCAGAGCCACCAGACUCCCUUGACAAAAACAGUCAUUUUACCUCACACUACACGGGAGUUGCGGUCAGUUUGUCUUAUUGCGCGGCUCUGGUGUUUUAACGUAUCAGUACAUCUUAACGGAACGGACCGGACCGGACUGGAGCCCCGGGCCAGGCAGCUGAGAUGAACCCGGUGAAUGCGACCUCUCUUUACGUGUCCGCGAGCCGUUCGGUGCUGCAGUGCGACCCCCGAGACCCCCGGGCCCUCGCGGAGCUCUGCAAGCUGCUGCCGUUUUUCCGCCAGUCCCUGUCCUGCUUGGUCUGCGGCAACCUGCUGCAGGACCCCAUCGCUCCCACCGACUCGUCAUGUCAGCAUUACGUCUGUCGAGGCUGUAAGGGUCAGAGGAUGCAGCUGAAGCCGUCCUGUAGUUGGUGUAAGGACUAUUCCCGCUUUGAGGAAAACAGACAGCUCUCCUUGCUUGUCCACUGUUACAGGAAGCUCUGUCUCUACAUCACCCAGUCGCCACUCGCCCCGCACAUAGCCAGCGCCGCCGGUGACUCGCCAGAUCUCCAGGCCAUCCUCAACGAGGGCCUCACGUUGGCUGAGAGUGAGCCAGAGGCGGAGGACAUUUCAGAUUCACUCGGGCUGUCACAGACGGCCUCCACCUCCGACUUGGUCCAUUCCAAUGAGGGUCCUCCCACCAAGGAGUUCAAGGGGGAGGAGCCGAGCCCCGUGAGCGUUAACGGACUGCAUGAUUGUAACGGCCUGGUCAGUUCGGACUCUCUGCAACCCAUCACCGUAGAAACGGGCGGAGGUGUCGCCAAGCAGGAGAGCUUUUCAGAGGAGAUCCCGGCGUGUGUGAGCGUCACGGGGACAGGGGGGGCGGGGCUUUGUGACAUCAGCACUUUCGGGGAUGACCUUAAGCAUGGUGGGGGGCCGUUGUUGUUGAGUGUUGAGGAGGUUCUCAGGACUCUGGAGACGGACACUGACCCCGAUCCCACACCCGAGCCCAACCUCCAGCCAGACUUCCCUCCCUCUGUACCUCAGUCAAGCCUCAAUGGGUCUCACUGCCCAUCUGGCCCGGACUCCUCCCGUCUCAUCCCCCCCCUCCCCCCAGAGAACAGCUCUCGCCCCCUCCAGCCUCACCCGCAGCCUUCCUUGCAGCCUCCCCCUCAGCCCUCCACAGCCAUCCCACGAGUCCCCCCUCGGUGCCACCGCAAGCGUUCCCGCUCAGAAAGUGACAGUGAGAAGGUGCAGCCCCUCCCCAUCUCCAGCCUCCUACGAGGGCCACCCCUUGGUGCCAACAGUUCCCCCCACCACCCUAACCCCGGUGCAACCACCAAACAGGAGCCUAAAUUUCCUGCGACCACGCCCCACCCCCACCUGGCCCCGAUGCCUAACGGCGGUCCACCUAAAGUGGGCAAGGCUGUGCUUGUCUCCAACAAGGCACUGAAAAAGACAGUGGAGCAUCAUGGGCCCACCAAGAAGGCUUACAGCAAGGCCAGGCAAGGGGCCCCAAAACCCCGCGCACAGCCCCGUGACCGAGUGCCCCCCCACCCCCAUGCGCACCCCCUGACACACCCACCCAGCCCCUCGAAGCCACUGUAUAAGAAGCCCGUGGAGAAGAAGGGCUGCAAGUGCGGCCGAGCUACGCAGAACCCAUCAGUGUUGACCUGUAGGGGGCAGCGCUGCCCUUGCUACUCCAACCGCAAGGCGUGUCUGGACUGCAUCUGCCGCGGCUGCCAGAACUCCUACAUGGCUAACGGAGAGAAGAAGCUGGAGGCCUUCGCCGUGCCGGAGAAAGCUCUGGAACAGACCCGACUCACGCUGGGAAUCAACCUGACCAGUAUCACCGCGGCGGCCCUCCGCAGCCCGGCCACCAGCUCCCCCGGCAACACCCUCCUCAACGUCACCGCGGCCACGGGGGCGCCCGUCACGGCCACCUUCCUGUCGGGGGCGGGGCACGACAACAGGGGCUUCGACGAUUCACUGGAGAUGCGGUUUGACUGUUGAGGUCGCGUCCCUCCUUCCGGUCGGUCGUCGCGCACAUUCCCCCGCCCCGCCGGCUGGGCGUUAUCCAUCGGGUCGUGCCAGGGACCUGCAGUGGCGGAGCCAGAACAAGGCAGCUACAGUGAGAGGCGGUAGUGAGGGUCACCAGCCGAAGCUGAGGGGUCGCCCUCCGUCCAUCGCCCGAAACUGCACCGUGCUUGUGGUCUUGCAUACAGUUGCAGCGUGGAAGAGAAGAAGGAAGAGAGAGAGGAAAUGUAGCGUUACUGUAUGUGCAGAGAUUUCAUUUCAGUGGAGAUCGAGUUUCUUUUUUUGUUUUCUUCUCUACUAUGGGUAAUGCGUAGAGCAUGUUGUGUAGCUAAGUCGGGAGUGUUGACCGCGGUCACAUGCCUCUGUGUGUGUGUGUGUGUGUGUGUGUGUGUGUGUGUGUGCGUGCGUGCGUGCGUGCGUGCGUGCAUGUGAGUGUGUAUGUAUGAGGGGAAGGGUUUGGUUUGGAGAUGAACCUUAUUAGCAGGAACGGAGACAUCAUCAUCAUCAUCAUCAUCAUCAUGAUCAUCCUCAUCAUCAGAGACUGGUGUAAUUUAUAUAAAAGAGAGAACUUUUUGUACAUGGACUUACCAGUUUCCAUUUAAGAAGACAUUUUAUGAUAUAUUUUAUAAUUUACAUUUAAAGCAAUGGAAGCCAGUGCAGGGGCAGACCUGCAUUCAACCAGAAUACUUUCACACAGGUGAGCAGUGGCUUGUGUUUCGUAAAGUGUAGACCACCGGAAAUAAAUCCCGACAUUGACGUAAACCUGAACGUAAAAAUUGAAACGGUCCAGUCUCUGAUAUCUUAAGCCGCAAGAACCGGGAUGUGAAUUUAACACCACCAGCCAAAAAAAAAAAAAAAAAAAUGUCCGUUUUGAUUCUUGUCUGCUGAAUGUUGAAUGCGUCGUGACACC